AAAACAAAACUAAAAUCUAAAUCAGAUCAAAAUCUCCAAAUUUAACCCCUUCAUUUCCCCCCUAUAUUCUCUUCAUUAUUCAAUCCCCCAAUUAGAUCCCAAAAUGUCAUCUCAAUCACCAGCAAUUCUCCCAAUCUCCAACCCCCAACAAACCACCACCACCGCCGCCUCCCAACCUCCCAUCGCCACCCCCGCCUUCCGCGCAUUCAUAAACCACAUCUCCGACUCCGUCCGCAAUGGCCUCUCCCAGCGCCGCCCCUGGGCCGAACUCGCCGACCGCUCCGCCUUCUCCAAGCCCGAAUCCUUCUCCGACGCCGCCCUCCGCGUUCGCAAGAACUACACUUAUUUCCGCGUGAAUUACCUCUCCGUCAUCGGCUUAAUCUUGGCCUUCUCGCUUCUCUCUCAUCCCUUGUCUCUUCUCCUCCUCCUCGGACUCCUCUCCUCAUGGCUGUUUCUUUAUCUCUUCCGCCCCGCCGAUCAGCCGCUCGUUAUCGUCGGCCGUACUUUUAGCGACCGUGAAACGCUAGGGCUUCUGAUUGUGUUCAGCGUGGUGGUUGUUUUUCUAACGAGCGUUGGAUCUGUGCUUAUUUCUGCUCUUAUGGUUGGAUUGGGGAUUGUUUUUGCUCACGGUGCUUUUAGGGCUCCGGAGGAUCUUUUCUUGGAUGAACAAGAACCUACUGCCGCUACUGGCUUCCUUUCUUUCCUCGGUGGCGCCGCCUCUAAUGCCGCCGCCGCUGCCGUUCCGGUUGUUGCCGCUCGUGUCUAAUGGAUCUGAUUUGAUCCGGAUGGUGCUGUUUGGGAUUUUGGUAAUACAGUAAAAUUUUCUUUUUUGUAAUUAGGAUUCGCAUUGGUACUUCUUUGUAUGGAUCUAUUAUAUUUUGAUUUCUUUCGUUUUUUUUUCUUGAAUAUGUUCUAAAAAUGUUCUUUAUCGUUUAGAUAUACUAAUUGUAAUUGAUUUACUCUUUCUUCAGAUAUCAUUACAAUAAAUUCAUUUCUUUUUUUUA